GCUGCGUCUGUACCUGCGGCUGCGCCGCGACGCCAGGAACACGGCGGCCAUCGCGGCGUCGGCGGCUGCGCGAUCCGCCGCGUCCAGGUCACAGCCCAUCUACGGCAUCAGCCACUUCCAACGGUUCGGCGCUGGCAAGCUUAACCCAGCGUUUGACGCGCCGUCCACCGACAUGUCCCUGGGCGAGUCAGCCUCCCAGUCCGACCACGGCUCCCACUCGGGGUCCGACCUCGAGGGCGACUACAACGACCCCCUGGAGCCGCUGGAGCCCCUGGAACAGCUGCGCCCGCUGGGCUCGCGUGACCCGCUGGACCCCACCCAGGUCGUGCCCAGCUCGUUGUACUCCAUCGAUAUGUUUAGCAGUCAGGACUCGGGUAGCCAAGGUGUUACAGAUAUCGCAAUUCCAGCACCAGUGGUCGUGGCCAUGACGACAGGGGACGGGCGGGGCACGGUGAGAGGUACCAUCCGAGGACCCCAUCUGUCCCACCACAUACACCACCCCCACCACCUGUCCCUGUUCGGGACGGUGCGCGGUAUGCCGGCGGCCCUGCGCAACGCUCAGAGCGGCACCCUACGCAGCGUGCAAGCACUAGGCCACGGUGGGACGGUACGAAUAAGUCCGGCUAGAGGUUCGCUUCAUGGCACCGUCAGAGGUACCCAUUUCCUGCCGGGUAGCAACGAGUUCACCGCCCCACACAGGAGUUCCAGCAUGCUGCUACUGCCGGGCCAAGAGAGUAUAUCCUACAUGUGAAGUGGGAAAAGAGAGGCCUAGAAUGGGAGGAUAGUCCUAGACAGGACUUCAGAACACAGGAUCCUGCUCUCCAAGGAUCAAACGACUGAAACUUCGCUCAAGACUAUUUUAUCUUGUAUUUAUUUCUCCGUUUAAUUUGUAAUUUUGUGAUAUAAAUUGUAAAAUAGUUAUUUAUGUACGUGUAAUAUAUGUAUCAUGACUUU